UGGGUUAUAGAAAAACUAUACUUAGGCACAUAAUUUCAAAAAUUAGCCAUAGGUGUUCACUUUCAAAUUUCGUUUACGAUGACAUGAAGAGAGGGUCUUAAUAUCGUAAGUAUACUUUUUUUUCUAUUGGAAAGUUUACGUGAAAGGUCUGCUUGUAAGUCGUAACUGCAUGCCACCGGUUUCCAUUGUCGGUGAGUGGAAAAAACAGCACAAGGCUGAUAAAAAAUUCAAUUUUUUUUUUCAAAAUGAAAACCAAAGACUUUGAAAUUGAUUUGAAUAACACUGCAAAAAAAGGAGAAAUUAAUUUCUUGUGUAUCUCUGGCUCACAAUUUAUUCAACGAUUGAAACAAAGGCGACUUCUCACAACUUUUUCAAAAGCUUUAGAUAUUUCUUUAGAUGGAGGCCUCUUAUCAUCCUCAGGAGUCUAUGGAAUCUGCGGGGCACCCGGGGCUGGAAAAACUCAGUUUUGUUUACAAUUAGCAGUAAAUGUUCAAUUACCUUCAUUUUUGUGGGGAUGUGAGAAAAAGGCAUGGUACAUAGAUACUCAAGGAGGAUUCACUGUGACCCGGUGCCAGCAUAUCGCUAAAUGUGCUGCACACCAUUUUAAUUCAAUGAUUAAACGUGAUUGGAAUUUGUCUAAAAAUGGAUUUCAAAAACAAGUUGAUUCGCAAAUGUUUUUAAACGGUAUAUUAGUGACACGUUUAUUUGAUGAUCAAGAACUCCUAGAUCUUCUAAUGAAUAUGGAUUCAAUUUUAACAGAUUCUUCAUCUUUAGAUUUUUUCCAGCAACUCGGCCUUAUUAUUAUUGACUCAAUUAGUUUUCCGUUCAGAUCGUCGUUUAGUCAAACAAACCCUUACGCUAUAUCUUCUGUUAUGAAAGACAUAGGAAGGGUAUUGAACCAUAUAUCCUUAUGUUACGAUCUUGUGAUUCUGAUAACGAAUCAAGUCACAACGCGUCAAGACAAAAAAAAAUUCACCGCAAACAAAGAAAAACCAAUGUAUCAGGAUGCAAGCAUUCAGCCUUGUUUUGGCAGGUCUUGGGAAAAAAUGUGCACCACUACCUUAUUUAUAAACUUAACGGAAGCUCAAAGUAAAAGACAAAUUCACGUUUAUCGACAGCAUAACCUAAAAACAGAACGUUGUUGCUCAGUGGAAAUACAGCUACUUCCUGAAGGCAUUCGUGAUGUUGAGGAAAUAGUCAAGACAACAUAAGGUUAUUUUUGUUAAAAGCAAACCAAAUAAAUUCAUUUUCAAGCAUGUGCAAAUUAACAGUCAAUUUUGAAUAGUAGCAUUUUUAAAAAAUAAUCAUGGCGAUAAAUGUGAAACUGAAUAUAUCUAUACGAAUGUUAUGUUUCUUGCUUUACGUUUUAAAGUCUAAACAGUAUGUGUUUUACUGUAAAUCCUUUUUUUGCAUGAUGUUGAGUAAAUUUUGUGGGAAGGAAGUGAUCAAGAAACACUUUUUUAUAUCA